AUGAGAUAUUUUCUUGUUGCGAACUUACCAACACGGUAUGGAACUCGUACGAGAAUUGUGAUCUGUCCAGGAACGUUUGUUGGUGGUCCUGGUGGUGUUCCUUUUCCAGUUAAUCCUCCCAACAAUGAAGGCUUUCGUGACGCUCUAAUUAAGCUGAAAUGUUCAGCAGCUGACAAAAUUUCACGCUUUGCUUUGGCAACGUCUUCCUUACGUCCUGUUACAACAAAAACAGGCUCUUCACCCCGUACUGGUGUCUUAAUAUAA